AUGCUUCCAGAAACGCGUUCGCAGGACGCGGCAGCCGAGGACGAGACACCGGUGGCACCCGCUGCCGACCCGCGCAAGUGUCUCGGCGCAGAUUGCGACAAGGAUGCAGGGGCCCUACAGUGCCCAACCUGCCUCAAGCUGGGGGUGAAGGAUAGCUUCUUCUGCUCACAAGAGUGCUUCCAGAGGAACUGGGCUGAGCACAAAGCCGUGCACAAAGCUCUGCAAGUAAAGGCGAAAACUCAGAAUGGACCCUACAAUCCAUUUCCCAAGUUCUUCUUCUCGGGGUCCGUGCUGCCCGUCUACCCGUUGUCUCCACGACGGGAAGUCCCAAAGUCGAUUAAGCAUCCGGACUGGGCAGUCACAGGCAUCCCCAGAAAAGAGAUGCGGCUCCACAAGACCAAGAUAGAAAUUCUUGAUGCCGCUGCUCAGGAUGCGAUGCGCAAGGUGUGCAGAUAUGCCCGUGAAGUGCUCGAUAUCGUUGCCGCGGAGGCCAGGCCAGGUGUCACGACGGAUUAUCUCGACGAGAUCUGCCACAAGGCUUGCGUCGAGCGCGAGUCUUACCCGUCACCCUUGAAUUACCACAACUUUCCCAAGUCUGUGUGCACCUCUGUCAACGAGAUUGUCUGCCACGGAAUCCCUGACCAGAGGGUCCUGCUCGACGGUGACAUUCUCAACCUCGACAUCUCGCUCUACCACGGCGGCUACCACGCCGACGUGAACGAGACUUAUUAUAUCGGCGACCGCGCCAAGGCUGACCCAGAGUCGGUCCGCAUCAUCGAGACCACCCGCGAGGCCUUGAACCAAGCGAUUGCCAUUAUCAAGCCCGGUACACCAUUCCGCGACAUUGGCAAGGUCGUCGAGAAGUAUGCAAAGUCGCAGAAGUGCACAGUGAUACCGACUUGGGGCGGCCACGGCAUCAACACUGAGUUUCACCCGCCACCGUGGAUUGCGCACUACGCCAAGAACAAAGUGGUUGGCAUGUGCAAACCAGGCAUGACCUUUACGAUCGAGCCCAUCCUCACGCUAGGCAGUGCGCGAGAGGUGGCAUGGCCGGACAAUUGGACAAAUGCGACAGCGGAUGGGAAGAGAACAGCGCAAUUUGAGCACACAAUGUUGGUGACCGAGACCGGUGUCGAGGUUCUGACAGCACGCCUGCCAGACUCGCCCGGUGGACCAAUUCCCAUGCCAACUGUGGCAAACUGA